CCAAAGAUUAUCGGACAGACGACGGACUAUACAGACGACAGACAGACAAAGCGACAGAAAGUAAUACGGUUUUUAGUGAGUAGAUGUCACUUAGUAUCUCGAUUUUGGAAUUUUGAAGGUUACUUUCCUCAGUAUGAUGGUGCUUUGGUAUCAAUGAAGUUGGACAUCAAUUAUGGAAAGCAGGUUGAAGCCGUUGUGUCACUUUACUAUGUGGUCACCUACUGAUGUUUUAUAAAUGUCUUAUUUCUAGGUAAACUACGGUCUACAUCUGUUCAGUGCCAGCAAAAAGGUACUUAUAGAAAAAUCAUUAAAUGAAAACCCACAUAGCACACCGACAACACCGGCUAGCGAAAUCCCAGAAUACCAAUUCACUGGAAUGGAAGUACAGUUACCAAAUGUACCAGCAAAGGAGAUCGUGGGCAUCCAAGAUGCUCGUACCUUAUUCUCGCAUACCCACACAUGGUUGAAACGAGCCAGACUGUAUUACACAUUGAGAGACUUUCCUAUUCAGUACGUCAAUAUUAUCUUGGAACUUAGCGAGCUGUACAGAGUCCAGUCUUUCUACGAAAAAGACAUUGAUAGCCAGUACGGUAUCCAAAGGAAGAGGUACGAAGCUUUGGAAACGCUCAGCAAUAUACUGAAAGAGGUCCGACCGAACUGCUAUGCGGCUGUGAAUUUGGAAAUAAUCAGGGAGAUUUUAGAGGUCCAGAUGGAGAUGAUGCAAUUGAACCUCAAGAAAAUAUAUGGUCCAAAAGAGGACCUCACCUAUUCUGGCGAGGCUGACCUUAGGAAGCGAAUGGACACAGUGGCUGAUAUACACAACAGGAUCGAGAGCUUGUGCGUGGAGACCGGCAGCAGCCAGGCAGAACAAGAUGCACAAAACACAGAGUUUGACGAGAAGUUUUAUAGAUACGUGAAGAAAGCGGAAGCAAUGGAAAGAGAACGGAUUUGCGAGCAAGUACUUGAGAAAAACGAUGUCAAAUUGCGAACGAAAAGCAAGACACCCAAGCAGAUGGAGCUAGAGAAAAAAGACUGCGAAGAAAAGGAGGAUCGAAAUGGCGAAGGCGAGGGUCAACCACCAAUAACGAGUCCGAUUAUGUAAAAUAUGAUGUAUAAUAUUUUUUAUCAAUACAAUUUUGUUCCAUCAAACCUAUAAAUAA